CAUCAACCUCAGUCACGUCGUCCCAAGAUGUCGCGGAUCAGCUCGCAAAAUGGCCAAGCUGCUCGCAAGCGCUGCUGAUCUCAGCACGGUGAGCUGCUUCGCGAUCACAGCCACCACCACGUCAGUCCAGCCCGGCAAGUUCCCCACGGAGCAUCGAAGAAUUGCAAGGGGCCAUUCGAGGCAGGCUAAGCCACAGGAUGGCAAAUUCACAAGACGACAUUGCGGGACCGGUGGUGCCGGCUCGGGCUCGGACGAGCGAGAUCUCCAAAGCGUCCCCGUACACAAAUGACCAGGAAACGGCAAAGGUGACGCAAGAGACACGCUCCCAAGAAGCAUCUGAUGCGAGCAGGGACGCUUCAAGCAAGCAACAGCUCAAGAGGACCUUGAGCGCCAGGCAUCUGGUGUUGAUCUCGCUUGGUGGAGUUAUCGGCCCAGGCCUCCUCGUGGGAUCAGGGACCGCUCUGUCAGAGGCUGGGCCAGUUGGCGCCAUCCUGGCUUACCUGGUGGUGGGGAGUGUGACAUGGGCGACGAUGAUGUCUGUCGGCGAGCUGGCCACAGCUUUUCCAGCUUCUCAAUCUCAUCUUGUCGACUUUGCCAGUCGAUUUUUGGAUCCGGCUGCCGGCUUCGUUCUCGGCUUUCUGUACUGGACUCUUUGGUGCUUGGUCUUGGCAAACGAACUUGUGGCAGUCGGAAUUCUGUUCGCCUUCUGGGAGGGAGCGAGGGUAGUGCCUCAAGGCGCAUGGAUAGCCAUCUUCCUGGUAUUUUUCCUUUGCAUAUCGCUCCUUGGAGUGGCGACGUGGGGCGAGCUCGAGUUCUGGCUCGCCAGUAUCAAAAUUCUCUUUCUGAUAGUCUUCUUCAUCAUCUCGAUCGUCAUCAACACCGGAGGUACUGGUCAGGGCUAUAUCGGCUUCCGCUACUUUCGCAACCCAGGGUCAUUCACUGACUUCCCUGGGUUCGUAAGCGUCUUGACUCUCGUCGCUACCCAGUUCGCUGGCACGGAGAUCACGGCCACCUGUGCUGCUGAAGCGCGCAGGCCCGAGCGUGCUGUACCUCGAGCAGUGACGAGCGUAAUGUGGCGCAUUCUCGUGUUCUACGUUGGCACUGCGUUCUUCAUCGGACUCAAUGUGCCCAGCAACGACGACCGGCUAGCGAACGCUUCGAGCAAGGCUGCAGCAUCACCGCUCACUAUUGCGAUGCAGAGAGGUGCGAUCGAGGCAGCAGCUUCGGCCAUCAAUGCCAUCAUCAUUGUUUCCAUCGUCAGCGCGGGCAACUCGUCGCUGUACGUUGCGUCCCGCACCCUGGCUGCUAUGGCCAGGGAGAGGCUACUACCAGCAUUCCUGGGCUGGACAACGAAGAAGACGCAGGUCCCAGUACCGGCUCUGCUUGUCAGUGCCGCACUCUCCCUGAUCAGUUUGCUCAGCGUAAGCUCAGGGUCCAGCACGACCUUCACAAGGAUCUAUUCGAUUUCGGGCAUCUCUAUCUUGCUCGUCUGGGCUUUAAUCGCUGCUUCGCACAUUCGUAUGCGCAGUGCGAUGAAAGUUCAGGGGCGCAGCGUCUCGGAAUUGCGCUUCAAAGCACCCCUUUGGCCGGUCGGAGCGUGGUACGCGCUCAUCAUGAAUUGCUUUCUCGCUUUGAUUCAAGGCUAUGGCGCUUUUGCUCCGACUUUCGACAUCAUCAAUUUUGUCGUAUUUUACAUCAUGCUACCUGUCAGCAUCGUCCUUUACAUUGGCUUCAAGAUCGUCUUCCAGACAAGGAUCCCCAGAACCUCGGAAAUUGACCUGGACACCGGCUCGCAACUGACGCACGAGUUGGAUGGCCACUCGGAG